AUGUCUGAACGAGUAUAUCGAGGUAUUACACUGACCAUCGACGAUAUUGCGCGCUAUUAUUAUGUAAUGAAAACACCCGGCAGUUUUGGUGAUCCAUUAGCAGAAGGCUUAAAUAGCAUCUUACUCGUCUAUGAAUUUCCUAAUAAAUGUCAGACAGCAAUCGAUUUAAAUCGUAUAUCCGACAGUUUACCAUGCAUAUCAGAAUUUCUAGAUGAAAAAGAACUACUCAUUUUACCGUAUACAGUAUUUGAAGUUUCUAAUGUUACAGAAGAAACUGACUCACAAUCGGUUUCCAUUUAUCUAAGAAAUAUACUAGGUAAACGUUACACUGAUCUUGUCGAUAAAUCGAAUUUAUUUAUAUUUAUACGUACAACUGCUCUUGCAUUGCAAGUAUUCAAAUCUCUCUGUAAAUUUGAAUUCUCUGUCGUAUUUUCCUACAGUCAAUGUCUGUUUGAUCGUACAAAUUUACACAAUAAAAUAUUUAACGUUGAAUGGUAG